GCCUAGUGUGUGGAAUGGAUGUCGGAUGGAGGGGCUGAGUGGAUGACAGUCCUCAGAGCGGGAUCUUGUUGCCAAAGCUGUCCCUCUCCCUCCCACCUCGGUGCCGCUGUGAGGAAUCGCCGCCGGGAAAGCCGCAGCCGGGCCGAGCUCCCGGCCUCCUUGGACCUGGUCGGGCGGAAACUACAACUCCCGGCGUGCUCUUUACCCGUGCUCGCGGGUGCGCACGCGCCGUCGCUCCGCGCGGGGUGCCCGGCGGCCCGGCUCCGUUGGUCUCGCGCGGCGGCCGUUGCGGGGCCGCUCCGCUCCGGAACAUGGAGCAGUGAGCUCCCUGCUGUUACUUGUGUUUCUCAUCUAACAGAUUUUGACAUGAUCAAACGCUUGGUGGAAGAUGUGCGAGCCAGGCUGCGUUCUGGAGUCACUGUCAACUCACUCGGACAGUGUGUUGAGGAGCUUGUCCUCAAUAGCAUCGAUGCCAAAGCAACAUGUGUAGCUAUCAGGGUGGAUUUGGAAGCUUUUAAGAUCCAGGUGGUGGACAAUGGCUGUGGGAUAGGGAAAGAGGACUUAAAGGUUAUUGGAAAGCGCUACUUCACCAGCAAGUGCAGUUCAGUGAGGGACUUGGAGAACCUGACUUUCUAUGGCUUCAGAGGAGAGGCUUUGGCAAGUAUAGCCAACAUGGCCAGUGUAGUGGAAAUCUCAUCUAAGACCAGCAGGACAGCAAAAACAUUUAUGAAACUGUUCCACAAUGGGCAAGCACUGGAAGUAUAUGAAGCCGAAUUGAACAGACCAAGUGGUGGAACUACAGUCACUGUGUGCAAUCUGUUCCAUCAGUUGCCGGUGAGGAGAAAAUGUAUGGAUCCUGUGCUGGAAAUUGAGAGAGUGAGACAGAAGGUAGAGGCUGUUUCGCUAAUGCAUCCUUCUGUUUCCCUUUCUUUAAGAAACGAUGUUUCUUGUUCUAUGGUGCUUCAGCUCCCUAAGACAAGAGACAUCUACUCUCGGUUUUGUCAAAUUUAUGGACUGGGCAGAUCCCAGAAGUUGCGAGAAGUAAAUCACAAGUCUGGGGGAUUUGAGAUAAGUGGUUUUAUCAGUACUGAGGGACAUUACAAUAAGAAUAUGCAAUUCUUGUAUGUGAAUAGAAGACUUGUUUUAAAGACAAGACUACAUAAACUAAUUGAUUUUUUAUUAAGAAAAGAAAGUAUAAUUUGCAAGGCAAAAAGUGUCCCUGCAAGCCGUCAGGCUAAUUCAAGCCCUGGUCGCCAUCGCUGUGGGCCAGAGUUGUAUGGGAUCUUUGUUCUCAAUGUAACCUGUGCUUACAGUGACUAUGAUAUGUGCCUGGAGCCUGCAAAGACUCUGAUUGAGUUCCAGAACUGGGAUGUUCUUCUAACUUGCAUAGAGGAAGGAGUGAAAACAUUUUUGAAACGAGAGCAUUUAUUUAUUGAACCAUGUAGUGAGGACAUCAGAGAAUUUAAUGAACAUAAUGACUUUCGUUUGCAUAAUGCUCCAGUUCUGAAGCCUUCAGUUCUUGAUGAGAAGAGCGUCCAAGAAAGUUUUAAGAAAGCAUGUAAUGAAAUUGUGGAUUCUUAUGAAAUGUGUACCUUGCAAUCAAAAGAUGUCAAGAGGAAAUCCAUUACUGGAAAAAAAAGUUCAAGUCUUAUACAGUCAAGUAAAAAUAUACAGGAAGCUGAAAAUGCCCCUGUUCAGAACACUGCUGAGUCAUCUGAUCCAUGUAGAAACAGUAAAGCAGAGAGUCCAUUGCCAAGCAAAGAUGGCAGAGUUUCUGAUUUCAUUAAAUCAAAUACUUCAGAACAGGAGCCAAAAUACACUAACAGUUCCCAGAAAGUAUCAGAUACUCAUCUGAAACCUUCAGAACAUCUUCAUUCCUCUUUUAGUGGAGGGGCCAGAUCAGAAAUAAGAGAAAGAGACGGUUGUGGUGACCUAUGGGAUUGUGCAGAGAAUAAUAUAAAAGAUGUGGGCAGCCAGCAAGGUCAAGUAAUACAGGAGAGCAUUAAGGUCCGUGUCUUAAAUAAGGAUGUUAUUCAGUCACUGCCUGGGAGAAAAGACCCUACUGAAACAGCAGCGGGACAUGAAACUGUCUCUGGAAGUUCAUUAAUGAGACUGUGUAACACAAGAAGAAACAGGGAAACAACUGAAGUGAAAGAUCAUGCCAGAAGAGGGACAUCAGCAUUAAAGUUGUGCCUUAGAGACCUCAUAAAAAGUGUUAUGCAAAAUGAGUCCCCACAUGACUGUGAACAAUCAGAAACAAAUCUUGCAUUAAACACACAGUGUAGGCCUGGCCCUGUCAGUGCCAAGGAUAUUUUUGACCACAAAGUGAAUGUUGUGAUUCAGUCUUCAAAUACUAAGGGUAUUUCCAGUAAUAUUAAUAAAGAAUAUACAGCUUCUUUUACCAGAGAAGUAUGCAUGACUGAUAGUAAUGAGAACAAACCUUUGUCACAUCGGGUGAGAGAGGAGAUAGCUAUGCCUACUGUUACCAAUAAAAGACCUUAUGAAACAUCAAAUAAUAUGGAAUUGCCGCUGGCAACUUCUUCAGGUAUUCCUCGCAAGAAAAUUGUUAUCAAAAACACUAGAAGACAGAUAGCUGUGCCAAGACCUCAGCCCUCUAAGAAACUGAGCUUGUCCACACAGUUGGGAUCAUUAGAAAAGUUCAGGAGGUAUUAUGGGAGAGUUAAGCCUACAGUACCAACACCCAUGUCAAAGGGAAGUGAAUGUGGUCUCCCAGUUCUUAAUUCAGAAACUAACUGUGACUUUUCAAAGAAUGGGAAUGACAAUCAUGAUAACUUAAACAGUUGUGAAACUCCACCUGCUGAAGAUACAGAUUCUAAUAAUAUUAGCCAAGGUUUUGGUUCCUUUGAAAAGACUUUAUUUUGCAGCGGAGAAGUGUCACAGGACGAACAAGCCCUUUGUCAGAGUCCUUUGACAUUGUCUGAUUACUCUCUGGUUAGUAACAAAAAUACAAGUUGUAAAAGACCUCCUGGAUCAUUAUCAUCCAAACUGUCUAGAAUGAAAACUGAUCACAAAGAAGUCAAACAACUUGGUGAACAGUUCCAAACAGACUCAAACGGAAAAGAUGACCAUUCUUUUGAUCUUGAAUCCUCAAAUAAUGAUAACUUGUAUAAUGUUUGUCAAACAUACAAAUCCUCAGUGGAAAAAGUGAGGGAGUGUAAGUCCAGCAUUUCUAAGGAGGCUGCGUGCUCACAACCAGAUGAUGUCAUAGCAGAGUCUGUGAAGAGUCCUGUCAGCUCAUCACCACUUAGCAGUAUAGAAGGAGAUUACACAAUCUCUUUAGGCAGUGUUUUAUCAUUACCUGCUGAAAAUGAUUGUACUAACAUCAUCUGUAAAGAUAAAAGUACGUUAGGUGAAUCCUUAGAACAAAAUAUGAAAGAUACUGAGGUUCCCCAAGUGACUUUACAAGGGAACUUGGAAUUUUCUGCUGACCACAGAAGCACAGACAAUCCCAGGAAUGAUUUGUGUUCUGUCUGGCUGCAAGAUUUUGAUGCUUUAUCGGGAAGGACAGUAUACAUCAAUAAAGCAACUGGACUCAGCACCUAUGGCACUCCUCCUAGUGAAGGAUUUCAAACUGCCUGUAUUCAAGAUAUAACAACAAUGGCUGUGAAUGUUGUUUCAGAGAAUGGUAAGAGGGGUUGUAGUUGUAAAAAUGGAAUGAGGAAAACUGUUCUUCUAGGUGCAUGAAAUAAUCUUUCUGGAAGCACCUGAGUGCUUUUGCUGAAUUAGUCACUGCCUUAUAGGUAAUAGCUGCAUGGAAAACAAGAAAGUGUUGGGAACUAUGGAGACAGUAAAACAUUAACAGUAAAGAUAUUAAAAGAUAAUUUUUAAUGAAAUGGUAAAAAGAAAUGUCAACAUCAUGUCAGUUAACAGAUAGUUGCCUUGUUUUCACUGGGCAUCAUGACAUUCUUUGUGAUAACAGUUACAUAUAAUUGCUGUCACAUGUAAAAUGAGAAACAUAUUUCAAAGUAAGUGUACCAGAAAAGUACCAUGUUUUUUACCAUUUUGUCCUAAACAGUUACGUUUCUAAGAAUGUGUUGUUAAAGAGAGCCUUAUAUUAAAAUGAUCUUUUUUGAAACUGCAUACAAAAUUUAAAGUUACCCUUGAAAGAUGAAUAAAAAAUCUAACUUCAUUGAGAAUGUGUAGUCUCCUCUGCACGGAUUUUAGAAGGCAGGCUGUUCUUUCACUCUUUGUAGCAGGUGUUGUACAGCGUUGUUGCUGUUUUGAUGGUAGACUUUUUCCAUUAGUGAAAGAACCCUGCACUGUAUUUAUUUUUCAGGGGCACAGUGUUCAUGAGUCUUCUCUGAUGUCUGUGUUGGGUUUUGACUUUCUGCAUCUUCCUAAUCUAGUUUGUCUGCCUAGUCCUGUCUUUGAUGAUUUUCCCUUUAAGGGAAAGGGAAUAUAUCAAGGGAUAUAUCUAUGUUCUCAAGUUGUUCUUCAUUCUGUCUAUAGGCAGAUUUUAUGAGUGAAGAUACAGCCGUUCUUUGUGUAGACUUUAUUUCCUACUGCGUAAUUUGUUUUGAAAAAGUAGUUUGGACUUCUUUCUAGAUAGUUAUUAUGUAAAAAAAUUGUCUAAUCAAUUGUCAUGGCCUUUGGUUUGUUCUGUUUUUGAUUGUCACCAGUCACAGAAACACUGGUGCAGUAGAUGUUUCAGUUGUUGAGUUAUUCCCUUAUAGGUAUAAUAAUUAAUGCCAAUAGUUUUUAAUAUUUAUUGUGUUCCACUGAAGAAAAUUUGAUGCAAAUUUUAUUAAGCAAAACUACUUGCAAGUGCAAAUAUCCACUCCUUGACUAACAUUUUCGUUUCUGUGAUAUACCAGUUUUGUUGCCCAUUGUACUGUUUAGUAAGAAGUCAAAGCCCUGAGAUGUAGUACUUGAUCUUCUAUCCAAAGUAUUGGAUAGUGGAUUCAUGUUCAUAGAGAUGAUACCUCAUGUACUUGUAUGCUUUCAGAUAUUGUACAGUCUGUAGGCAGUAUGAAGACAUUUAUUGUAUUGCAUCUUUUUACCUCCCAUGGCACUGUUCUUAGCCUUAGUAUUGUUGUUACUCUCCAUUGUAUCAGUGGUGCCAGUCUUUCUAAACUCUGUCAGCUCUUUGGGUAGAUGUCUGAUUUUAUUCUUUUAAGAGUUGGACCUCCCAAACCUUCACAAGGUAUUUGAGCUGUGGCUAGAUCCUAUAGGUCUUAGGUUUUCAGGGUUCAACAAACAUGUUCAUCCCUAUGUUUUUGAAGCAAUGGAUGUUUGUUCCUUUCAGCUGUAGGAAUAAACAUAACUGUGUCCUAACACAGCAUUCACACCUCUUAAUGCUGAGUGCUGUUCUGGACUGCUGUUAAGACCCAGAGCGGAAGGAUUUCUUCACUUUCUUAUGCUUCCAUUUUGCUUUUUAGGAGUAGUGUCAGUUACCCUGUGGUGUUGAUUUAGAAUUUCAUAGCCCCUAAGAAUAGCAUUUCAUACACAAUCCUAGGGAAGUAGCACUGCUUAGCAAUAGGUGGAAGUAGGUAAGAAUAAUCGACAUCCUCUUUUUUCAUGACAGCAGUGGCCGUCUGUCAUCUCUUCCAGCUGCAAGCCAUGUGCUCAACAGAGAUAUUAAAUAUUGUAGGCCAGACCCAGACAUCUUCAUACUGUUUAAACUGAUUGCUACAGAAAAAAUUAUCAAACUUUAUUUCACCAUUGGAUACCUUUUUGAACAAUGCAUUUGUAGUAGGAAACUAUCCUAGUUCAACCUGGUCUUUGUUGUUAUGCCAACUAUAUUGGCAAUUUUUGUUCCUUACAUUAUGCUGUGUCAUUACACUGGUAUAUCUUCAUGAUUUAACUGAGGCAAGUGAAAAUCAGUGCUCAAAUAUGGUAAUUGUAUGGAGUUUGCCUGCACAAAAUAUAUACAUUAUUACCCUCAGCA